AUGUAUAUAAAGUCGUUGGUUAUUGAUGGUUUCAAAUCUUACUGUCAGAGAACGGAGAUUAAUGGAUUUGAUCCACAGUUCAAUGCAAUUACUGGGCUAAAUGGUUCUGGGAAGUCAAAUAUAUUAGACGCUAUAUGUUUUCUUCUUGGAAUAACAAAUCUUUCGCAUGUGAGGGCUGCAAACCUACAUGAACUGGUAUACAAAUGUGGCCAAGCAGGAAUAAUCAAGGCUACUGUGAGCGCAGUAUUUGAUAAUGUUGACAAAUCACAAUCCCCAUACGGCUAUGAGCAGUUUGAUGAACUCACAAUCACAAAGCAAAUUGUCGUUGGAGGUAGAAAUAAAUAUCUGAUUAAUGGGACAAAUGCAACCACUACACGGGUUCAUGAUUUAUUUCACUCAGUUCAACUGAAUGUUAAUAAUCCCCAUUUCCUAAUUAUGCAAGGUCGCAUAACAAAAAUAUUAAAUAUGAAACCACCUGAGAUCCUUUCAUUAUUAGAAGAAGCCGCAAGCACCAAACUUUAUGAAAAUAAAAAGGAAGCAGCACUUAAAACUAUUGAAAAGAAAGACAGUAAAUUAAGAGAAAUAGAUAGAAUUCUUAAUGAAGAUAUUAAUCCUACCAUUAAAAAAUUGCGUGAAGAACGAAGCAGUUACUUAGAAUAUCAGAAGGUUGUGCGUGAAAUUAAUCAUCUGGAAAAGUUCAUUGUUGCUUAUGACUUCACCUGUUUAGAGGAAGCUAAAAAACGAACAGAAGGAGAUUUACUUACUCUUGAACGUUCAUUGAAUGAGCAAAAGAAGUAUAUGGAAAAACUACAGAACUCAAAAGAAAUUAUAGAAGCUCGUAUUGCUGAACUUUGCAAACAAAGAGACGAAUUUCAAGGAGCAGCACUUGAAGAACUGGAGUCUACGAUGUCUGCAUGUCAAAAAACAGAAGCAGUUGCUAAAGGAGCUUCUCAGAGAGCAUCUGAAUCUCUGCAAGCCGCCAAAAAGCGUGUUCAGUCUAUGGAGUCACAGUGUAUUGAGCUUGACGAGCAGUUGUCUUAUAAACAUAAGGCAGCGGAAGCUGCUGCUGGUGUUGAGUACCAAUCUGUUCUAGCACAGUCUGAAGAAGCAAAAGCUAAAUUUGAAGCAGCUCAAAAGCGUCUCCAGGCAGUGAAAUCUGGUCUUUCCAGUGGAGAAAACGGUGUAGCAGCUAGCCUUGCUGAACAGGUUAGAGUCGCAGACGGUGAAAAAUGCUCCGCACAAACUGAACUUUCCCAAUUGAAAAUGCGUCAGAAACAUUUACAAAGCGAGCUUGCUAAACAAGAAGCUGCUGUCAUUAAAACUUUUGGCCGGGGAUCAUUGAGUGAAAAAUCCAAAGAUGAAAUUAAACAAAAGGAACUUACAGUACAUAUUGAACAGUUAACUACAAAGUUAACACGCGCUGAGGCAGAUGAUAGAGCUGUUGGUACGGAGUCAGUAUUAAGUGAGCAACAACUUAAUUUAAUUAAAGAAGCGAGGGAAUUGCGUCAUCAGGCUUCAACAUUAUCAUCCCAAUUCCCUCAACUUGUGUUUGAUUAUACAGAUCCAGAGCCCAAUUUUGAUAGACGUCGUGUUCUUGGACCUGUUGCGAAAUUGUUUCGUGUUAAAGAUUUAAAAUAUGCGAUUGCGUUGGAAGUAAUAGCCGGAAACAAGUUGCAAAACAUUGUUGUAGACACAGAAAUCACAGGUAAAAUUUUAUUAGAACGUGGUCAAAUUCGUCGACGUGUCACUAUGCUUCCGUUAACUCAAAUACGUGGAAACCCGGUAUCAGAUGGUGUUAUUAAAAAUGCUCAGUCAUUAGUUGGUGCAUCAAAUGUUGUCACUGCUCUUUCAUUAAUAGAAUAUGAUAAUAUACUCAAACCGGUUAUGGAAUAUGUAUUCGGUAAUGCAUUAGUAUGUCCAGACAUGGAAAUAGCCAAACGUGUUGCAUUUCAUCCUGGUGUUGAAAAGAAAACAGUAACAUUAGAAGGCGAUGUAUUUGAUCCUCAGGGUACAUUAUCCGGUGGAAGUCGGGGAACUGCUUCAGAUAGUUUAUUAUCUCGUAUAUUAAAGUGGAGUGAUGUGGAGGUUGCUGCUCAGAAAGCUGAAGAAAAUGUUGCUCGAGGUGAAGCAAAUGUCAAAGCAGCUCAAGUGCGAUCUCAGAAUAUUAGUCAUCUUCGAGAAGCCUUAGAUAAUGCCCGUCAUCAAUUAGGCCUUUUAGAGACUCAAAUGAGACAGACAGACGAACAUAGACUACGUGCAGACGUGGUUGCUACUAAAGAGGAAUUAAAACAAGUGGAAGAAUCUUUACGAAACGCUGAACACCGUCUUACUCAAGCAUCGUUAAAAGCGAAAUUAGCUCAUGAGAAAGCUUCAAAUGCUGUAGCUGAACAGAAAAAAGAACAACAAGAUGCUGAAAAAGCACUUACAGAAGCUAAAGAACAAGUCGAAGCCGCAACUACUGCUUUAAGGGAAAAAAACUCUCUGAAAGAAACUUUACGUUUAGAAGCUGAAGAACUUGCGAAAGAACUCAAUACUUUAAAACUAUCUCUUGAAGAAGCGAUUCAAGCUGUAAAAGAUGCACAAUCAGAAAAAGAACGUUGUGUCAACGCAUUAGAAUCAGCUAAAGAAGCUUUAAUUAAAGCACGUGAAGCUGUUAAUAAACAAAGAGGACUAAUCGAUGAUACCGUUCGUGCUUUAGCAGCUGCAGAGAAAGAAUCUGGCCAGUUAGUUCAAUCAUUGAAUCAAACAAAUAGUCAAGUGGAUAAACUUUCUCAUCAAAUUGAAAUGCAAACUAAAGAAAAUGAAGAAGCUGAUAAUAAGAUGGAACGACUCUUAGAAGCAAAUCCAUGGAUUCAUGAAGAAAAACAACAUUUCGGCGUUGAAAAUGGUGCAUAUUGUUUUACUUCACGUGAUCCUGUUGAAACACGUCGACGAAUUACUUCACUGAAAGAACGUCGUGAUCGUCUUAGUCGAACUGUAAACAUGCGUGCAAUGAAUAUGCUCGGUAAUGCUGAAAAGCAAUAUUCCGAAUUGAUUAGACGCCAAGAAAUUGUUUUAGCUGAUAAACGUAAAAUUCAAACAGUUAUUGACGAUUUAGAUAAACGAAAAGAAGAAGUUUUAUUCAGUGCACAUAAUAAAGUUAAUGAGGAAUUUUGUAAUAUUUUUGGAACUCUAUUACCAGGAAGUAAAGCACGUUUGUCUCCUCCAGAAGGUAUGGGUGUUCUUGAUGGAUUAGAAAUUAAGGUUGCAUUUGGUGACGUCUGGAAAGAAUCACUUGGAGAAUUAAGUGGUGGCCAAAGGUCAUUAGCUGCACUGUCACUUAUUUUGGCUUUAUUACUCUUCAAACCUGCACCGUUGUACAUAUUAGAUGAGGUGGAUGCAGCGCUUGAUUUAUCUCAUACACAAAAUAUUGGUCAAUUGAUUAAAAAUCAUUUUAAGCAUUCACAAUUCAUCGUAGUGUCACUCAAAGAUGGAAUGUUCAACAAUGCUAAUGUCCUAUUCAAAACAAAAUUUGUAGAUGGUGUCUCAACCGUGUCUCGACACGUACCUUUACGGGUCCGCGACGAAAAUAAACAACCUCAAACAGACAGGCAUAGAAAACGUCUCAAAUAG